AUGCUCAGGCCCUAUAACAGGGCAGCCACCAUGUGGUCGAGAGUUCUUUCUGGGCUUCUUCCAUCACUGUCUUCUUUCUACCACUUGACCCUUCAGCUCAUUGAGGAACUUGGUCCAUCAGACACUGUGGCAUGCUAGAGACAGAGCUGGUCUUUUGUCUCUUACCACCAGGUCCUUAAUGAAGGGUAUUUAUUUUCCGACUCUCUUGGGUGCUUGAGAAGAACUGUCCCCAUGCUACUAACGCUGAUGAUUCUGGGUCUUGCUGCCCUCAUUGAUACUUCUGAGAGUCAGACUGGUUGCUUUGGUGACAUAAACAAGGUUGAUACCUCUGGGGCUUCCUGUAGAACUGCAAGAGCAGAAGGCUUACACUACUGUGAAGUUCGUGCUUCAGCAAAGAUUGCAAAGAGAGACUUACGUUCUAUGAAAAAAUAUAAAACCAUCAUUAAGAGCGCUGGCAGAAAAAGAUGUGUGGAUCCAGCUGUGAUCGCUGGUAUCAUCUCUCGAGAGUCGCAUGCUGGAAAGGCCCUAAAGCGUGGCUGGGGUGAUCGUGGAAAUGGAUUUGGUUUGAUGCAGGUUGAUAAACGCUACCAUAGAUUGGUUGGAAAAUGGAAUAGCAAGACACAUGUCCUUCAGGGGACAGACAUCCUUGUUGGUAUGAUUAAGGGAAUCCAGAAAAAGUUCCCCAGAUGGACAAAGGAACAACAGCUGAAAGGUGGGAUUUCUGCCUACAAUGCAGGAAUAAGGAAUGUCCAAACCUAUUCUAAAAUGGAUAUUGGCACAACUGGCAAUGACUAUGCCAAUGAUGUCGUUGCACGAGCCAAGUUUUAUAAGAGAAACGGAUACUGAAUCUGGGAGUUCUCUCCUUUUCAGAUACACUGUGGCUCUUACAAUAAUCAGUGAGAUGUUCAGAAGACAAUGUACAUUUGGGGAGAUUAGACGCUGGAACCUGCGAAACCUUACUGAUAUAAAUAUGCCCAUUGUCUGCAGUGGGAACACUGGCUUAAAUAAGGAUUUGCAGUCUCAGGUACCAGAUUUUUAAAUUCUGUA